AUGUGGCGAAUGGUGGCAGACUGGGUGCUGCAUCCCGUGCUGUUGGGAUGGCUGUGUGUUUAUCUCAUCCUGCGCGACCCAGAACUCGAGCGACUGUGGAGGCUCAAGGACCACGUCGUCGAGUCGCUUCUCGGGGGUCACGAGCGUUUCUGGACUCCGAAUCAGCAUGGCGCUUCCAGCGGCUCAACUGGGAACGAGACUUCCUCCUCGCUCGCGCAUCGCAGGGCAGGACCAAUAUCGCCGCCUUGUCCACCGCUGCGCUUGCAUUCCGGCGAGUCCUAA